UUUUCCUGACGGCUUCCUUGCUUUACAUCAGCGAUAACUAUGGCGGCGUUCGGUUUAAGAUUUGAAAGUGCUAGCAGUAUUGAAGAAAGAAAAGAACAGACCCGUAUUGCCAAGGCCGAGGUGUUACGGCAGGCCAAACAUAAUUUUGAAAAAGAACAAAGGGAUAAAGAACUUAAGCAACUUCGAGGUGAGGACACAUGGAUGCUACCUGAUGUGAAUGAGCGAAUUGAACAGUUCGCACAGGAACAUUCUGAGAAGAAAAAGAAGAAAAAAAACAAGCAUUCAAAAAAAGUGAAGAAAGAGAAGAAAAAGAAGAGGAAGAAACAGAAAUGUCAGAUACAGAGUGAGUCAACUGACAACUCCUCAAGCUCUGAAGACGAGUGGGUUGAGGCUGCUCCUUCCCAGAUACCUGGCAAAGAAAAGACCUGGAAGGUGAAAGACAAAAAGACAGAAAAAGAAUGUGACAGCCAAUCUAUUCAGCACGAUGAGUGGAUGACUGUUGAUUUUAUGUCCAUUAAAACUGUGUCUUCAUCAUCACUCAAAGCUGAAAAGGAAACUCUAAGACAAAUAGAGCGGGAGAAAACUCAAGCGUUAGAGCAGUCCAAACUGCUAGAGAGAGAAUUGAAUCCAUACUGGAAGGACGGGGGCACAGGUCUCCCACCGGAAAACUGUAUACUGCCAGUUACUAAAGCUGGAGGAGUAGAGGAUGGCGGAUUAAGCUGGCUAAGAAAGUCUUGUCAAAGAAUGAAGGAACAAGCUCAAAAAGAAAACAGAAAUUUUGAAGAUAUUGUAACUGAAAAAUAUGGGUCAAUGGAAAUAUUUCAGUCAAAAUUAAAAGAAGUUGAAAAAAUUACAUACAAAAGAGAAGACUAUGGACGGGAACGGUGGAGGAAGUCUGCAUAUUCAGAAAAAGCACAGCGUAGUCAAGCAAGUGGCACUUCAGAUUUAGUGAAAUGUAAAAAUAUCUCUGAGGACAGACACAUGGAAAUGGAGCCUACAAGCAGCAGCAACUGUAAGUUUAGUGGUCCUGACUCAGGGAAGGGACCUGGGACUUUAGGAACCUGUAGAAGAGAAUCUGCAAUAAGAAAAAGCCAAGAAUCUUCUGAAAAUUUGAGAUCUAAAUUCUUAAGACCCUCUGAUGAAGAUGAACUGUCAUUUCACAAGAGAAGAAAUUUUCAGUCAUCUACUUCACAUUCUCCAUUAGUGGCUCAGGCUUCUUUGCAUUGUGAUUUUCGAAAACCCACAGACUACAGUGAAGAAAGUUCAACAUCCUGGAGUCGAUCUGAUGGGCGAGAAGACAGGAAACCUUCAGAUCAAAAGCCAUUGGAAACCUGGAAAUGCAGUACCAAUGAGCACUCUAUAAGAGAUAGAAGAGAACAGUUACAGGCUGAGAGAGAGAGGCAUGAUCCACCAGGAGGAGGACAGCUGCAGGACAUAAUGUUGACAGUUGCUGGCCCAAAGACAGAGCCCACCUAUCCCUUGAAUGCUGAUGAAAAGAACAAGCUGGGGGCCAAGAUUAUCAAGGCAGAAAUGAUGGGGAAUAUGGAAUUAGCUGAACAACUUAAAGCCCAACUUAAAGAGGCAAAUAAAUUUAAAGAAACCAUUACACAGAUACCAGCAAAAAGAUCAGGGGUAGAGCAUGAAGAUGAACAAGAAGUAAUCCUUACUCGAACAGAUGAGUCUGGAAGAGUGUGGCCUGUGAGCAGCCCUAGAGAAACCCUGGAUAUGAAAGAAGAAAGAAGGAAGAGACAGAGAGUUUCAACUCAUGAGGAUAAAGAAAGGAUCCGAUACGUUCCUGAUGAUGAUCAUUUGAGUCUCAAUGAUUUAGUCAGGAAUGAGAAAAUGGGAACAGAUAUUGAUCAAAACAGACUUUUCAUGAAAAUGGCAUCUAAGUUUAUGGGAAAAUCACAUGGAGACUAUUAUACUCUGGAUGACAUGUUUGUCUCUAAAGCAGCUGAGAAAGAACAUCCUGGUAAGAAGGAAGAGAGCCAGAGGAGAAGAGCAAUUGCUGAGCACCAGGUGCUUGCUGCACAAAUGGCAAAGUGUCUGUACUGUCUUGACAGCUCUCAGUUCCCCAAGCAUCUUAUUGUUGCAAUCGGUGUGAAGGUUUAUUUAUGUUUACCCAAUUCCCGGUCUCUUACUGAAGGACACUGCCUGAUAGUCCCUCUACAACAUCAUCAAGCAGCCACUGUAUUAGAUGAAGAUAUCUGGGAGGAGAUUCAGAUGUUUCGGAAAUCAUUAGUAAAAAUGUUUGAAGAUAAAGAAUUGAAAUGUAUCUUUUUGGAGACAAGUAUGGGAUUGAAGAAACAGUAUCACAUGGUUUAUGAGUGUAUCCCUCUCCCAAAGGAAGUGGGUGAUAUGGCUCCCAUCUAUUUUAAGAAAGCCAUAAUGGAAUCUGAUGAAGAAUGGUCUAUGAAUAAGAAGUUGAUUGAUUUGUCUUCAAAAGAUAUUAGAAAGUCUGUACCCAGAGGCUUGCCUUACUUUGCUGUAGACUUUGGACUUCAGGGAGGAUUUGCCCACAUCAUUGAAGAUCAGUACAAAUUUCCUCAUUACUUUGGAAAGGAAGUCAUUGGUGGUAUGCUGGAUCUAGAACCCAGGCUGUGGAGGAAGGGGAUCCGAGAAAGCUUUGAGGACCAGAGGAAGAAAGUGUUGCAGUUUGCUCAGUGGUGGAAACCAUAUGAUGUCACUAAAAGUAAAAGCACUUAAGUGGGCAUUAUGUGUCCUUUUCUAUAUUGAGCCCAUUCAGUUUAUGUCUAUGAAUAACUGUGCCUUGGGCUCUAGGGAAAGCAGCAGCAGCAGCAACAACAACAACAGCAGCAGCAGCAGCAGCAGCAACAGUAGCAGGAGGCUACUCUAGUCACUGACAUCCAUGUUAGAUCAAGUUGUUUUCUUCCUCAUGGCUCCUGGAGACUUGGUUGGGUGACUGUGGAGUAAGAGGAAAUGCAUCAAGAUUAUCAGCUCACAUUUCUUUCUGUGUCUACUUCUCCACGUUCCAAAUUACUCAUUUUCUCUAGAAAGGGACUGUUUCCAGAGGUCUACUAAGGCUGCAGGGGAAAGUGGGUCUGCUUCCAGGUAGAUUCUGCCACCUAGCUUCUUCUAUGCUUUUUAAACAAGACUGGAUGUAUUCAGUACUAAUUGAAAUUUAUUUUCUUAGUUUUACGGAAGAGUUUCUUUUUUUCUAGUAGCAUAUAGUAUUACUAUGUGUAUUGUCUUAGUUAAAGAAAAAGAUUAAAGGAUUAAAUGAUAGUGAAAAUAUUCAUAAAUAUAAGCUUAUUUGUUCUGGACUUGAAAUAGUCUGAAUUGUGGUAAUCAUAAAAGGAAUUUUCUAAAUAACACAAUUUUCAGUUCUUUGUAGUUCAUGUAACUCUAAAGUCUGUUGACAAAUCACUGUAUUAGGGUUGUAAUGUUAUCUCAGGUGCUAAAUAAUAAUAACAUAAGUGUCCAGGGAAUACUCUCUUGUUCCUACUUGAUUAAAGGUACUUAAGUUUUAUUGUUCUUAACAUUUGAUCUUGAGAAAGCCUUGGAUUUAUAAAAUAUGAAUUGUAGUAAGUAUGUUUUAGCAUGCCUUUAAAAAACCAAACUCUGAAUGCCUAGAAUCAGUGUAUCAGUGUAAAGUGUGCUUCAGAGUAACUCAUUACAUGUUUAAUGUCAGGUUGUCACUGUUUCCACAUAUAUUAUUUGUAUGUAAAAAAGGCAACUUUUUUUCUUUUCAAGUUUCACAAAUGUGUUGAAGCUUAAUAGUUUUAACCUUCAAUACUUAAAAAUUACAUCUAAAUGUGGAUGUAUAUAUAUUAAGCAGAUAUGAUGGCUAUUAUAGUCUUUUCAACUAUUGGCUUUGCCAUAAGUCUUACAUUCAUUUUUAUAAUCAGCGAAUUAAAACAUUUGAUUAUAGAGUGCUAUGUUAUGUUGAUAGUUCAAAAAAUAUAAAUACUCCUGCCUCAGAGUCUACUGAAUCUGUAGCGUUUGUGUCCUACCUGAACUGCUUUUGCCCUGGCUCCAGUUACUUCUUGAUGUGCAAUCAAUUUUCUCAAAAUCUCUGUGAUUUUUAAUAGUAGCUAUUAUUUUGUAUUUUAUGGCUGGCCUUUUUUUUUUUAAUUAAAUUAAUUUUUUUUAACUUAGUCACUUUACAUCCUGCUCCCUUCCACAAUCCUUCCCUUAUCCUCCUGUCCCUUUUUCCUCUGAGCAGAUAAUGUUCCCCCUGGAUAUACUCCCUCCAACCCUCAACACUUCAAGUCUCUUUGAGGCUAGGUACUUCUUUUCUCACUGAGGUCAGAUAAAGCAGCCCAGCUAGAAAAGUAUAUGCCACAUACAGGGACCAGCUUUAGGGAUUGGCUGGGGCUUUUGUUGAUUUGACUUUAUGAUAUUUAGGUCCUUGGCUAAUGUGGCUUAAAUAUCAAGAGAUGAUUGGAGUUGUUUGUUGAGGACUUCUGUUCUUUAUGCUGCAAAUGUUGACUCUGGAAUAUUCUGUGUAGGUUUGUCACUUACAUGUCCAGUGUCUAGGCUGGGGAACAGGUGGGGAUCUUCUGGUAUCAUUUUCUCUUUAUAUGAUAGCUUCAGAAUAGUCGGAUUUCCUCUCUUCCUUAAAACUUCCCCAGAGCAA